AUGGUGCAACUUCCCGUUACCUCUACCCCUUCGACCUUUGCCACCUCGACCUCUGCGUCUAGUGCAUCCCCGAGUUCCUCGGUAGCGAGUUCUUCUUCGAGCUCACCCGUUAACUCGCCAAGCUCCACUCCUGGAAGUACUUCAGUGAGCUCCACCACUUCUCCGAGUGCCACUGCAGGUGGAAGCUCGACCUCGAACCCUACUUCGAGUCCCAUUGCUUCUUCCAGCACAGUUGCUUCUUCGAGCCCCGCUAGCUCUUCUUCUGCCCCUGGAAGCUCUUCAAGUAUUGGAAGUUCCUCCGUUCCUGGCAGUUCUUCCAGCCCUGCAAGCUCCUCGAGUCCUGGAAGUUCCUCGACUCCUAUCGGGUCUUCAUCUACCCCUGCAUCAAGCCCCGCUAGCUCUGAAGCUUCGUCCUCUCCUGCAUCGAGCACUCCUGUCUCCUCGAGCACUCCUGUCUCCUCGAGCACUCCUGUCUCCUCGAGCACUCCUGUCUCCUCGAGUACUCCUGUCUCCUCGAGCACUCCUGUCUCCUCGAGCACUCCUGUCUCCUCGAGCACUCCUGUCUCCUCGAGCACUCCUGUCUCCUCGAGCACUCCUGUCUCCUCGAGCACUCCUGUCUCCUCGAGCACUCCUGUCUCCUCGAGCACUCCUGUCUCCUCGAGCACUCCUGUCUCCUCGAGCACUCCUGUCUCCUCGAGCACUCCUGUCAUCUCACCAACUAUGUCUUCCACCGCUGUCUCAAUCUCGGCGAGUGCCUCUGCUACUCCUGUCAGCCAUGCCACCAUUGCUGCCAAUAUCCUGAUCAUUGCUAGAGACACUGCGUCCGCUAACGUUGCCUCUUCUGGUCUGAAUGCCUACGGUAUUCCUUUCACGACUCUGGUUGUUCCUCAGGCGGGUGUUGCCCUUCCCGCCUUGAACACUAGCACUGGAGGAAACUUCGGUGGUAUUGUGGUUGCAUCCGAAGUCAGCUACGACUAUGGCGCGACUGGCUACCAGAGUGCCCUGACUACUGACCAGUGGAAUCAGCUGUACGCUUACCAGCUUGCGUAUGGUGUCCGUAUGGUUCAGUAUGAUGUUUACCCCGGCCCCAACUACGGUGCUACCGCUGUUGGAGGUGGUUGCUGCGACACUGGUGUUGAGCAAGAGAUCUCCUUCACCGAUAUUAGCGAUUUCCCCACCUCUGGUCUGCGCACUGGAGCUGGUGUGAGCACUGAGGGCCUGUGGCACUACCCGGCUACCAUCAGCAACACCACCUCUACUAAGCAGAUUGCUUCCUUUGCUGCCAACUCUGUUACCACGUCCGACACCACUGCUGCAGUCAUCAACAACUUCGAUGGCCGUGAGCAGAUGGCUUUCUUCAUUGGCUUUGACACCACCUGGAGUGCAACUUCCAACUACCUGCAGCACGCUUGGAUUACUUGGAUCACUCGCGGUCUCUACGCCGGAUAUCGUCGUGUCAACCUGAACACUCAGAUCGAUGAUAUGUUCCUGGAGUCCGACAUCUACUAUCCCAAUGGCACCACUUUCCGUAUUCGAAAUGAAGAUAUGGACAACAUCCGUGACUGGAUCAAGACUAUCAACGCCAAGAUGAACGCCGGUAGUACCUACUUCCCUGAAGUUGGCCACAACGGAAAUGGCAACAUUGAGAACAGUUCUAACACCGAUGCUGGCUACAUUGCUUGCAACGACGGCGCCAUUGAGUACGACUCUCCUGCUGACACCGCCUUGGAGUUCGAGAAGCCUCUGGGUACUGGUACCAACUUGUGGCCCACCUCCCCCACCAGCUACACCUGGACCACUGCCUGCACUCAGCGCGAUCCUCUCUUGAUCUGGUGGACUACCGCUGCCAACCUGAACAGCUUCGCCUCUAUCUCUCACACCUUCACCCACGAGGAGCAGAACAACGCUACCUACUCCGAUAUCUACAAGGAGAUCAGCUUCAACCAGGCCUGGCUCAAGCAGAAUGGUAUCGAUCAGGCUACCCACUUCACUGCCAACGGUAUCAUUCCCCCUGCCAUUACCGGUCUGCACAACGGCGAUGCCCUUCAGGCCUGGUGGGACAACGGUAUCAAGAACUGUGUCGGUGACAACACCCGUCCCGCCCUUCUCAACACCCAGAAUGCUAUGUGGCCCUACUUCACCGUUGUCUCCACUGAUGGCUUCGCUGGUAUGCAGGUCAACCCUCGCUGGGCUACUCGUAUCUAUUACAACUGUGAUACUCCUACUUGCACCCUGAACGAGUGGAUUGCCACCUCUGCCGGUAGCGGCACCUUCGAUGACCUGCUCGCUACUGAGAAGGCCGAUACCAUGCGCCACCUGUUCGGUCUCUACCACGACCCGUACAUGUUCCACCAGGCCAACCUGCGCAAUGCCGACGUUGAUGCUAUCACCAUCAAUGGCGUCUCUGCCAAGUACUCCAUCUUCCAGGCUUGGGUUGAGACUCAGGUCCAGGAGUUCGUCCGCCUUGUCGAGUGGCCCAUAGUUACUCUCAAGCACGCCGACAUGUCCGCUCAGUUCCUGGCUCGCUACAACCGUGAUGCCUGUGGCUACUCGCUGAGCUACACCACCGCCAAUGGAAAGAUCACCGCUGUCACUGUCUCCGCUACUGGAAACACCUGCAGCGAGCCCAUCCCUGUGACUUUCCCCACUGCCCCCUCCAACACCCAGGGCUUCACCACUGAGCAGCUGGGCAGCGACCCCACCACUGUCUGGGUCCAACUGUCCGGUUCUCCCGUCACCUUCACCCUCUCCUCUCCUAUCACUCUGCGAAUGGUCGGCUGGGAGGACGCGGGCGAUGAUACGAACAUCGACGAUGCACCCCCAGCCUCGCGCGGCUCAAACCAGCAAGACGGCCGCGAGAUGGAGACCACCGUCUUGAAUGAGGCUAGUGAAAAGUCGCCUCGGGAGAAUUAG